AUGAGUUCAAACAGACAGGCCUACUAUAAGAACAACGCCAAGGAGCAAAUUGGCAAGGAGAAGCGAAAUGAGGAAGCUGUCACAAUUAGAAAGGAUAAGCGUGAAGAAGCUAUUUCAAAGCGGCGUAACAUCAACGCUCAUAUUGAGGACGAUUCUGAAACGUCGACUACUCCUCCAGGACCAUUCGAUGCCAACUUGCUUCGGUUAACUGUCGCUGCUGCACAAUCAACGGAUCCAGCAGAGCAACUGACGGCUGUCCAACAAGCCCGUAAGAUGUUGUCAACUGACCGGAACCCACCAAUUGAUGACUUGAUUGGAAGCGGAAUUUUGCCUGUUCUUGUGCAAUGUCUUUCCAGUACAGACCCAAACCUGCAAUUCGAAGCUGCUUGGGCACUCACAAACAUUGCUUCAGGAACGUCAGAGCAAACUCAGGCAGUUGUUAAUGCUGGAGCUGUUCCACUUUUCCUCCAACUUUUGUCCUGUGGAAAUCUGAAUGUUUGUGAGCAAUCCGUCUGGGCUCUCGGAAACAUUAUUGGAGAUGGACCACAUUUCCGCGAUUACUGUCUCGAACUUGGGAUCCUCCAGCCAUUGUUGCAAUUCAUCAAUCCUGAAAUACCGAUUGGAUUCUUGAGAAACGUUACCUGGGUUAUUGUUAACUUGUGCAGAUGCAAAGAUCCGGCUCCAAGUCCAGCUGUAGUCCGCACCAUUCUUCCAGCUCUUUCACUUCUUAUCCAUCACCAAGAUACCAACAUUCUUAUCGACACUGUUUGGGCACUUUCAUAUCUUACUGAUGGUGGAAACGAGCACAUUCAAAUGGUUAUCGAAGCUCAAGUUGUCACUCAUCUCGUCCCACUUCUUGGUCAUGUUGAUGUGAAAGUUCAAACCGCUGCAUUGAGAGCAGUUGGUAACAUAGUAACCGGAACUGAUGAACAAACGCAACUCGUUUUGGAUAGUGGCGUACUCCGAUUCAUGCCCGGACUUCUCGCACAUUACAAAGAAAAGAUCAACAAAGAAGCCGUAUGGUUUGUUUCGAACAUCACCGCCGGCAAUCAGCAACAAGUGCAAGACGUUUUUGACGCAGGAAUCAUGCCAAUGAUCAUUCACUUGCUUGAUCGUGGUGACUUCCCAACACAAAAAGAAGCUGCCUGGGCUAUUUCCAAUGUGACGAUUUCUGGGCGACCAAACCAAGUUGAACAAAUGGUGAAGCUUGGAGUGCUCCGUCCGUUCUGUGCUAUGCUCAGUUGCACUGAUUCACAGAUUAUACAAGUUGUUCUUGAUGGUAUCAACAACAUCUUGAAAAUGGCUGGAGAAGCUGCUGAGCAAGUCACUUCGGAGAUCGAAGAAUGCGGAGGACUCGAUAAAAUAGAAAAUCUCCAAAACCACGAGAACGAAGACAUAUACAAGCUUGCGUUUGAAAUAAUCGACAAUUUCUUCAGCUCUGACGACGAAGCCGGAAAUGUUGAAGGCGCUCCAAAUCAAUUCGGAGGCGAUGUUCCGCCAGUUCCAGAUGCUCCAAAUGGUGGCUGGGAUUUCGGAAAGUAA